AUGCAGCGGGUGAUAGCGACGCGAGUGCGGAUGCUGCAGCGCCACGUGCGCGAGUCGGCUCACAUCUCUGCGGUCUCUAGCUUCUCUACGACGACAUCGGAUUUCUCUGAUAUUUUGUACGGACAGGACACGGGCGUGCGCACCGUACAGUUCAAUCGCCCGGAGAAGCUCAACGCGUUGACACUCCCCAUGACGCAGCAUUUGACACAGCGACUGCAUAAGAUCGAGGCCAACAAUACGGUUAACGCUAUCAUAUUUUCAGGCAUUGGGGGAAAAGCGUUCUGUGCUGGGGGAGAUAUUCGUGCCCUGAUAGACCACGGCAAAGACCCAGCCACGCGUCACGUAUCACUGGACUUUUUUCGCCACGAAUACCGUCUCAAUUAUUUCCUGGCGACGACUGAGAAGCCAAUUAUCUCUUUCCUUAACGGAGUCACUAUGGGAGGAGGUGUAGGGCUGUCUAUGCACGGUAAGUUUGUUGUAGCUACUGAAAAGACGCUGUUUGCCAUGCCCGAGACGGCAAUUGGCUUUUUCCCGGACGUGGGGGCCUCAUAUUUGCUGCCACGACUUGGACGCCGCCUCAGCGAGAGUGAAAACUAUGUCGCUGAUGUACCCAAGUCACAGGCUCUAAAGGGUCAAGGUUUAGGAACGUAUCUUGCACUGACGGGCGAACGGCUGAAAAGCCACGAGGUUAUUGGCCUCGGACUUGCUACACACUAUCUACCGACGAGCGAGUACGAGAGGAUGGUGCACUUUCUGACGGGUCUUGAGUUUGCCAACAACACGACACAAGAGGAGCGUGAUGAGAUCAUUCACGAGGCUCUGGAGGAACUCGAGACGGACGAGGCUUUCCAGGAGAUUGACCCUGAGUAUCUUGAGACGAUUGAAUCCGUGUUCGGUGCUGUUAAUGAGGACGACACAUUGGAAGGCAUCUUCGAACGCCUAGAAAAACUGAACACGGAGUGGUCUAACGACACUCUGGCUACGCUAAAGAAGAUGUCACCGCUGAGUCUGAAGGUCACGCUGGAGCAGAUGCGACAAGGAGCCGUCAAGACGUACGCCGAGUGUUUCCAGAUGGAAUACCGCAUAGCUACGCGCAUGUUGGAGAACCCGGACUUUUACGAGGGUGUCCGUUCCGUUGUCGUGGAUAAGGACCGCAACCCGAAGUGGGCAAAGCGCGACAUUACUAAGGUGACGGCUAAGGAGGUGGAGGCAUUUUUCAAGCCACUGGACAAGGAUCAAGAGCUGAUUUUGUACCCGUCCGCAACGGCAGUAACGGAGAAGAAGAAAUAG